UAGUCCUUCGGCCUUGGAAAACCCAUGUCACUUCCCAUCCAAGUGGCCGAAAAACCGCGCUCCACACUCCAGCCAUAUGCUUGGUAUCGAAUCCCCCUCACAACAAGACAGACCCACGCUUCUCUGCCCAAUUACGUCGGCGCGUGUUUUGAGCGUUGUUUUAAACGCUUGAAUACCCUCUGUAUCACUCACACGCGCGUUCUGUUUCUCUGUCUUCUCACUCACCACCUUAACGACAACACAUACCCAAACCCUCCCGCUUUAACAACAACAUACACUCACACAGUUCGCUUCAUUUUUACUUUCUCUCUCUCCCCCUCUCAUAUUCCUUCAACAAAAACCCUAACCCUAAUUUUCUUUCUAAAAAUAAUAUCCACACCUUUUUGUUCGUUUUGUUCCAUGGAUUCUCAGCAAAACAACCUUUUCGAAACGGCAUCACAGCCCGAUACGGGAACCGACGCUUACACCUUUCUCGAAUUCAACACACAAGGCGAGUCCGAGUUUGACGCGUAUCCAGAAUUUCGUUCGCCGGUAUCCUGGCCCACACCUUCCGAUUCUCUCGCAGUGGACCCCGCUUCCACGUCGACUCCUACCACCCCAACGACCCCUUCCGAUUCACGCGGUGUAUCUUCCUCCUCCGAUCACCACCUCCAUCACCACCACAAUCACCACAGGCACCCCGAUUCUCUUGCUGCCACGUCAUCUCCUUCUAAAAGAGGAACGAACAAUAACAGUAAUAACAACAAUAACACUAAUACAAGUAGUAGUCAGAUUGUGGACGGGCUUGCUGCGUUGAGUUUCGAGGAGACGGGCGAUGACGGGGAGGGGUUCGAGUAUGGGAAAGCAGAUUUCACGGAGCACGCUUGUCGGUACUGUGGGGUCUCGAACCCAGCGUGUGUUGUAAGGUGCAAUGUCCCGUCGUGUCGUAAGUGGUUCUGUAAUUCCAGAGGCAACACCUCCGGCUCACACAUCGUCAAUCACCUGGUUCGAGCAAAACACAAGGAAGUCUGUCUUCAUAAAGACAGUCCUCUGGGAGAGACUAUCCUUGAAUGCUACAACUGUGGAUGCCGAAAUGUAUUCCUUCUUGGCUUUAUAUCAGCAAAGACGGAGAGUGUUGUUGUUCUUCUCUGUAGGGAACCUUGCUUGAAUGUAAAUGCUUUGAAGGACAUGAAUUGGGAUCUCAGUCAGUGGUGCCCCUUGAUUGAUGAUAGGUGUUUCUUGCAAUGGCUUGUUAAGGUCCCAUCUGAACAGGAGCAGUUGAGGGCACGUCAGAUCAGUGCUCAACAAAUUAACAAGGUAGAAGAACUUUGGAAGACAAAUCCUGAUGCUACCCUUGAAGAUCUCGAGAAGCCUGGUGUGGAUGAUGAACCUCAACCGGUGGCCUUGAAGUAUGAAGAUGCAUAUCAGUAUCAAAAUGUAUUUGCACCACUUAUCAAGCUUGAAGCUGACUAUGAUAAAAUGAUGAAAGAAUCCCAAAGCAAGGACAAUGUCACAAUCAGAUGGGAUAUCGGUCUUAACAAGAAACGUAUUGCAUAUUUUGUGUUUCCAAAGGAAGACAAUGAGUUACGUUUAGUACCUGGCGAUGAGUUGCGGUUGCGUUAUUCGGGGGAUGCAGCUCAUCCAGCAUGGCAGUCAGUUGGGCAUGUGAUCAAGCUAACUGCACAAGAGGAGGUUGCACUUGAGCUUCGUGCGAGUCAGGGGGUUCCGGUUGAUAUAAGUCAUGGAUUCAGUGUCGAUUUUGUGUGGAAGAGCACAAGCUUUGAUAGGAUGCAAGGGGCGAUGAAAACUUUUGCUGUUGAUGAAACAAGUGUCAGUGGGUAUAUUUACCACCACUUGUUGGGCCAUGAGGUUGAGGUUCAGAUGGUUCGCAAUACACUGCCUCGCCGUUUUGGUGCACCUGGUCUUCCAGAGCUGAAUGCAUCACAAGUUUUUGCCGUAAAGAGUGUCCUCCAGAGGCCUAUAAGUUUAAUUCAAGGUCCACCUGGCACAGGGAAAACUGUCACUUCUGCAGCUAUUGUAUACCACAUGGCCAAACAGGGCCAAGGGCAGGUUUUGGUGUGCGCACCAAGCAAUGUUGCUGUUGACCAGCUAGCUGAAAAGAUAAGUGCCACUGGAUUAAAGGUUGUUAGACUUUGUGCCAAAUCAAGGGAAGCUGUGAGCUCUCCAGUUGAGCAUUUAACCCUUCAUUACCAGGUUCGACAUCUUGACACAUCUGAGAAGAGUGAACUUCACAAGUUACAACAAUUGAAAGAUGAACAAGGAGAGUUGUCGAGCAGUGAUGAGAAAAAAUACAAGGCACUUAAGCGAGCAACAGAGAGGGAAAUUUCACAGAGUGCUGAUGUCAUUUGUUGCACAUGUGUUGGAGCUGGAGAUCCUCGAUUGGCAAAUUUUAGAUUCCGCCAGGUACUUAUUGAUGAGUCUACUCAGGCAACCGAACCUGAGUGUCUUAUUCCUUUGGUUCUUGGGGCAAAACAGGUUGUUCUUGUCGGUGAUCAUUGCCAACUGGGUCCAGUCAUUAUGUGCAAGAAAGCAGCUCGUGCUGGGCUUGCUCAGUCUCUUUUUGAACGCCUUGUUUUACUUGGUUUAAAACCAAUUAGAUUACAGGUUCAAUACCGCAUGCACCCAUCUCUGUCUGAAUUUCCUUCCAAUAGCUUCUAUGAAGGCACUCUACAAAAUGGUGUGACCGUCAAUGAGAGGCAAUCAACAGGAAUUGAUUUUCCGUGGCCUGUUCCGAAUCGUCCCAUGUUUUUUUAUGUACAGAUGGGACAAGAAGAGAUUAGUGCCAGUGGAACAUCCUAUUUAAAUCGAACUGAAGCUGCAAAUGUUGAGAAAAUUGUAACUACUUUCUUAAGGAGCGGGGUGGUCCCUAGCCAGAUUGGGGUGAUAACACCAUAUGAGGGACAGAGAGCAUAUAUUGUGAACUAUAUGUCAAGGAAUGGUGCUCUCAGACAACAAUUGUACAAGGAAAUAGAGGUAGCAAGUGUUGAUUCAUUUCAAGGAAGAGAGAAAGAUUACAUAAUUUUGUCUUGUGUGAGGAGUAAUGAACAUCAGGGUAUUGGAUUCCUUAAUGAUCCCCGUAGGCUGAAUGUUGCUCUAACACGUGCUCGAUAUGGUAUUGUUAUUCUGGGAAACCCUAAAGUUUUGAGCAAACAGCCACUUUGGAAUGGUUUAUUGACACACUACAAGGAGCACGAGUGCUUGGUUGAGGGGCCUCUAAAUAACUUAAAGCAGAGUAUGGUCCAAUUUCAGAAGCCCAAAAAGAUUUACAAUGAUCGAAGACUUUACGUUGGUGGUGGGCCUGGAAUUGUGUCUAAUGACAUCUCAUCAUCUAGCCCAAAUGCUGAUAGAAGAGGUGGUCGUGGUAGGGGGUCAUAUAUGCCUCCUGGUCCUCCUAAUGGUUCUCAUAAACCUGGAGUGCAUCCUGGAGGUUUUCCUAUGCCUCGUGUGCCCCUUCCACCGUUUCAGGGUGGUCCCCCUUCUCAACCAUAUGCUAUUCCAACACGUGGACCUGUACAUGGACCAGUUGGAGCUGUUCCUCAUGUACCUCAACCAGGAAGUCGGGGUUUUGGGACUGGGCGGGGUAAUGCUGGUGCUCCAAUUGGCAGUCAUCUCCAGCACCAGCAAGCCACUCAGCAAACGAUUGGAACUGUUGGGUCUACUUUCAACUUUCCAUCUCUUGAGAAUCCAAAUAGCCAACCAUCCGUGGGUGGUCCUUUGACACAACCUGGAUUUGUUAAUAAUAUGCCAGUUCAAGGGGCUAGUCAAACCUUUCGCGAUGGAUUUUCCAUUGGAGGCAUGUCUCAGGAUUUCUUGGGUGAUGACUUCAAAAGCCAGGGAUCACAUGUUCCCUAUAAUGUUGCUGACUUCUCUACUCAGGCUUCACAAAGUGGCUAUACUGUUGACUAUGUUACACAAGGAGCACAAAGUGGAUUUCCUGGAAACUUCUUAAACCAGAAUUCUCAAGCUGGAUAUUCUCGAUUUGGUUCUGGGAAUGAUUUCAUGUCUCAGGACUACAUGGCACAUGGAUCACAAGGUUUGUUUACUCAAGUUGGCUUUAAUGACCGCACACAAGAUGAUGCAUCUCAGAGCCACUUCGGUGUAACAAAUUCCAAUCAACUUCAGUCUCAGGGAUUGAUGAAUUCUCUCUAUUCCCAGCCCUUUGCCCACUACAACACUCAACCGCUAAAUAUGCAUGCUUCUUCACAGCAGCAGCCUCAACCGGGCCAGGGCUCACAAAACCAGAAAGUCCACUAUAAUAGUUGAGAGGCUGGUAGGUGCUUUGGAAUAUGAUGGGUUAUAGUCUUUGCAUUCAGCAACUUGGUUUGUGCUGUCAUGUGUGCCCAAAUAUAUCUGCCUUUAAAGUGUGGGUUUGUCAGAAAUCAUUUCUACAACCAAUUGAGAUGAUUUCCAUGGUGGGAAUACAUUCUCAGCUGGUGACUACGGUUGACGGGUGUGUGCGCAAAAAUAGGUGGCACAUCAAGGGCUGAGAAAGAAGGAUAACCCCGGUUACCUGAUUGAAGUUUUCUAUUGUAUUGAAAAAAAAAAGAAGGUAAUAUUGGUGCAAGGGAGACAUAAUUACAUGAAAUGGGUUUGGUAGAAAGGGUUUGAUCUUUGAAGUGAAAGGCUACCCGCUUUUGAUUGAUUUGUAAGGAAAAGAUCCGAUUGUUUUGAGGCUGUUACCACUUAAAGUUUUGUACAGCAGUAGCAUGGUGGGGAUUGAGGAAAGUCGCUUAACCCUUUCAGCUUCUUCCUGACAUGUAAUUAUACUCUUACAUUUCUAUUGAAUAGACAAACAUGGUGGAAGAAAGUGUAAGUAGUACAAAUAUUAUUACCCAAAAUAUUGUUGUUAUAUGAAUGUGAUUGGUCAUACUAUGUAGUUUUCUUGGGAGUUAGCUACCCCAUUUAUGGUUGAUUGGCUGGUUUCAGUUUUAAGGCA